UCCCGAAGCGCCCCGAGGCGGCAGUGAGGGGCCGCCCCGCACCCCGGGGCGCUCCGGGGGGCCUGAGGGGGCCCCUGGGAAACGCUCCUCCCCGGUUGGCUGCAGUAUGCUGUGGGAUGGGCGAGGAAGCGGAGAACAAGUACGUGUCCCAGCUCAAGGAUGUUUAUAACAGCUGCGAUACCACGGGCACUGGGUAUCUGGACAAAGAGGAGCUGACGGAGCUGUGCCACAAGCUCCAUCUGGAGAGGCAGCUGCCGGUACUUCUGCAAACUCUCCUGGGACGCAACCACUUUGCCAGAGUUAACUUUGAAGAGUUUAAAGAAGGGUUCGUGGCAGUGCUGUCCUCCAACAUUGACCUGGGCAUUUCCGACGAGGAGAGCAGCUACUUGGAACCAGCUGUCCCAGAUGAUGUCAAGCCCAAGUAUGUGAAUGGGGCUAAGUGGUAUGGCCGCUGGACGAAGCCAGAGUUGCAAGAAACCGAGGUGGAAACCACCAAGUAUUUACAAGAUCAGCAAGUUAAAGCCAGUGUGAAAAGUCAGCUGAGACGCUCGGCAUCUCUGGAGAGUGUGGAGAGCCUUAAAUCAGAUGAUGAAGCAGAAAGUGCUAAAGAAUCACAGAAUGAAAUGUUAGCGGCACAAGGCCAAAUGAGCACCUGGAAUCCUGACCUAUUUGACAGCCCCCGGCGGACAGCCAGCCCUUGCUUUGACAUGACAGAGGGUCAGAUUCGGGGCAUCUGGGAAGAACUGGAUGUAGGGAACACCGGCUACCUCAGCAAGCGCGAGCUGGCGACGGUCUGUACGAAUAUUGGGCUCAAAGAGCUGGAGCAGGAGGAACUGGAAGAUUUAUUUCGUAGGCUGGACAGAGAUGGAGAUGGCAGAGUGAGCUUUCAGGAGUUCGAGCUUGGCUUGUCCAGCCACGGGCCUGUUUCUUUUCCUGUUUUUUCCACGCCUGUCAAACAGCCCAGGCAGCUGCCAGAUCACCAGGCUUCCAAGGAGAAUGGGCUUAGAAUUGCUACUCCGUUGUUACUGUCCAGCUAUGUGUGUCUACAUCCCUUCUCCUGCAUCGACGACGGCAGCGGCUUUGCGAGUCCUGCGCAGAUCCUCUCCAUCUGGGCCCAGGAAGGAGUUGAAAACUGCAAGGAGAUUCUCAAGAGUCUGGAUUUCAGCCUGGAGGAGAAAGUGAGCCUGGCGGAGCUGGCCGUGGCCUUUGACAACGAGCUGAUGGUUUCCAAGAGUGGAGUCCAGCACGCGGCCUUUGCUUCCUACAAACACGAGCUGCACUACCUAGAGGCCCAGGUGGAGCAGGUCUCCAGGGAGCGAGACAAGGCGAGGCUGGACUUGGAGAAGGCGGAGAAACGAAACCUGCAGCUCGUUAAGGAAGUGGAUGAUCAUCACGCGGCCAUGGAGCACCACCACGAGAGCAAACUCAAAGAUCUGGAGCAAGACUAUCAAGGGAAGCUGAGCAUUAUUAAAUCUGACGUGGAGACAGACAGAGCGCUGCUCUUGCAACAAGUGACCGAUCAGCACACCAAACUGGAAGCGGAUAUAAAACUUCUCCAAGGCGAAAAGACCAGCCUGAGGGAGAAGCUGACGUUAGCAGUACAGGAAAACAGAGGGUUACAGAGCGAGGUUACGGAAGGAGUUGAAAAGCUGUCGGAGUCUGAGAAACGGGUGUCAAAGCUGCAGAAGGAGCUGGACUUCAUGUUGAAAGACAAGCUGGGCGUGGUGGAUCCGCACAGCACAGAGCUCCUCCAUCAGGAAGAACGCUUUGCAGAGAUCAUAAAAGAAUACGAGCUGCAGAGUCGGAGGGUGAAGGAAUUACGGGAUAAAAACGAUGAGCUACAGAUCGAGCUAGAAAAGCUGCGUUCCCAGCUGCAGGAGAGCCAGUACCGCAGGGCCUGGCGUAAAAUGAAGGAGAAUAAGCCGGGAGGAAGACUGCUACCUGCUGACGAGACCCAGCGAGGAGAUCAGUCCCUUUUGGUGAGCCGGCGGCUAGCUGCUGCAGGCAGAACCGGCGUCCUUUUUGUAGAAGCAGGUGCCUGUGCAGUGAGUAUAGAAACCGAGCUCAUGAUAGAGCAGCUGAAAGAGCAACUUCAGGACCUGAAAAUACAACUGGAAACCAAGGUAAAUUACUAUGAGAGGGAAAUUGAGUUAAUGAAAAGAAACUUUGAGAAGGAAAGGAAGGACAUUGAGCAAGGCUUUAAGAUGGAGGUCAGCGAGUUAGAAGAGCAGAAAGGUGACCUGGAAGAGCUCAAAGUGAAAUACCAAGAGGUAAUUGAUGGCUUGAAAGACCAGCUCCAGAAAUCCACUCCCAGUCAGGAGCUUGAGAAGAGGUUUGAAAAGGAGAGGUCAGAAAUGGAACAAUACUAUGCCAAAGAGAUUUGCAACCUGGGACAGCGGCUGGCUCAGGAAAGAGACAAGCUGGAAGAAGAAAUGAAGAUGCAGCACAAGAAUGAGCUCCAGUUAAUGAGAAUGGAGCUGCACAGGGUCUCGGAAGAUAACGCUUUGCUGAGAAAUAAACUCGGGAGAUUUCAGGAGGAUGUGGAAGAAGCAAGUAAUAAACAAAGGAAACAAAUUGAUGAAUUGCAAAGAGAGAAGGAGAUGGCGCUAUCUGAGACAGAAGAGUUAAAUCAAUUGAACAAGACCUACAAGCAGGAGAUCUGCCAGCUCAAUGCCAGGACCCUGCAGCUGAGUAGCCAGCUGUCGGAUCUCCGCCUCCAGAGUGAGACCAGCCACAGUACGAUCCAGCUGCUGAGCCAGAGACUGGCCCAGACGGUGAGCCAGAAAGAAGAGGAAGCUGCUGUUGCCAAGCAACUGCAAGAGACAUCAAGUAAACUGGAGCUGGAGUAUGGUCAGCAUCAGUCAGCAUGGCAGCGAGAGAGGGAGCUGCUCCACCAGCGGCUCAGGGAGUCCAGAGAGAAGGUCAGCCAGGUGCAGGAGCUGGAGGUGGAACUGGAACGUGUGACGCAGGAGUGCCAGACGCUGCGGCUAAUGGCAGCACAGUUCAGGGAGGAGCUGGAGGAAAGCCAGGAUCAGUUAUUAGAAGCCAACACAAGACUGAGCCUGACCCAGUCUCAGCACAGGCAGGAGCUGCAGCAGCUAAAGGACCAGCUGGAAAGCACAGUCUCCAGGGACUGUCUCGCCCAGCUGCAAAGUAGAUGGGCAGAAGAACAGCGGAAAGUUCAGCAGCUACAAGAAAAUCUCAGCUUCCAGGCCGAGCAGGCGAGCAGGCAACUGGCCACCUUUCAGGAGGAACACGAGAGGUUGCUCAGCACGAUGGAGGAGAGGACGGAGGAGCUGGAACGGGACGUGAGGAACAUGCAGAGGAUGCUACAGGAGAAGGUGACCGAGCUCCAGGAGCAGCGCGACAGAAACGUGAAGUGUGACCUGCUGCUGAAAGACCUGUACGUGGAGAACGCGCAGCUGGUGAAAGCUCUGCAGGCAACUGAGCAGAGGCAGAAAAGUGCUGAGAAAAAGAACUUGGCCCUGGAGGAAAAACUCUCAGCCCUGACCGAAGUGAUUAGAAGAAUGGCGCAGGCAUCUCUCGGUGUGUGAAGGGGCCCCGGUGCUGGGUUUGGCUGCAGCUGGAAAGACAAUCAGUAGCAGACACCGUCGCUGCACUCCAUUAUCUCAGCCUGGGAGCCGCUGGGCUGCAGGGGGUCCCGGUCUGCACACUGGGUCAUGGUGAACUCCCAUCUGCCGCUGGGAUAGGCAGUGUUAGUGCUGGGUGGAGACACCGUGUGCGGCUUCCCCCGCUGCGCCCAGCAGGGGAAAGGGCUUGCUGAGAUCUCUCAGGGAGCGGGGGAAAGAGAUAAUGGCCAUAAGAGAAGCGUGCCCUGUUUUUUCAACGGGAAAGCAUCGGAUGCUUUAAUGCCAUUCAGGCCAUUCUAGACAAUAGAAGGAAGGGUCUGUCUUGGGGCUAUUUACGGUAAUUGCAACACGCCCUCUGAAUUUGUCUGCACACUGGCAGUUUGUAUUGUACAUGCAGUUUUAUACACAGAGAAUAUACUAUUCACCCCUGAGUCCUGGCUGUCGUUCAGGGGCCCAUGCUGCUGGAAGUGGAACGACCUGCUGUAUUUUUAGGGUCUUCUGCUUUCGGGUCACUGGGAAU